AUGUCUAGCACUCAGAAGCCUCCGAGUGCACCUCGUUUGCAAAAUGAAGCUCUACCGCGCCUUGCUUCGACCGUAAGCAGUGGAGUUGCAUCGUCCGAAACAGUCGGUUCGACGAGACCUAUAGCGCACAGUAGGAGAAAUUACGGUACGGUUGGAACUACUGAACCCAUGGGCCACGAACCAAUACCGGAUGAAGGCCAAGUUGAGGGCUCGAGUCGCAUACACUCAUCCCAGUCUUUGCCGCCCGAUAAACCAAAAAAGCCAUCCGUUACGCGUCGGAUCUCGUCGAGACGGCAGGUCCCGCAUAAGGGUCAAGAAUUUUCUACGGACGACGAUGUCCUAGAAGUCGAAGAGGACAAAGCCAAGCAACAGGCGACAAACCCUCAACCUUCUCCGAGACUCCGUCCCUUGAGAACCCAGAGCUCAACGCUGCGGCGGAGAUUAAACGUUCGACCCAGUCCUUUGGCACGAGCGGAUUCUGACGAUGAGAGUGGUGAGGAAUCGUUCUUACCUGAGUCUAGCCUGGAAGCUUCCGGAGCCAGACCGCCGUCACGACAGUCAGAAGCUGGCAGCCAGAAUGACAGUAAUGAUGGCAAUAAUGAUGACAGUGAUAAUCAUGAUGGUAAUCUUGAUCACGGCGAUGGCGAUGAGAAUGAUGGUGAGACCAGCGAUGCGGAAAGUUUCACGUUGAAAGAUCGCCAACAGGCUAUCAAUGAAACGCAUCCCUUCGGUAUCAGGCUGUGGAAGCCUGCUCUCUACAAGAAAAGCCGCUCUGUGGAAAAGACCGCCGAAGGAGACAUUCACUCGUCGCCUGGCGGACGAGUUGGAAACAUGCUGUUCUUAGCUAAUCUGUUAUGGACGGUAUUCUUCGGCUGGUGGCUCGCUCUUGCUGCGCUUGUUGGUGCUGUAGCCUGUUUUGCAUUCGCCUAUUCGACUAGCGCAGUCGAGUACGGGAAGGUCUUUCUAGGUCUUUCGUGGUAUCUCCUCUAUCCGUUCGGGUCUUUUGUUCGAUUGGAGACCGACGAACACUACGCAGAAGAAGACGAGGGCGAAGGACGCAGCAUUAGCGAAUACGAACAAUGGCAGAACGGCGAUCUUGAACAUGGUCGGCUGUUCUUUGGUCCUCGGAGCAGCCGAUCCCUUGUUGGAAGGCGCCGGAAUAGCAUCGACUCUGUGAGUGAGCAAGAUAGCCUGCUGGGCAGAACACAGAGAGCUCACACGGGCGAAAACCAAUUGCAUUCAAAACGCCGCUUGUUCGGCCGUGGAGAAUGGACACUAGGCCGCGUCGUCUUUUUCUUGUUUCUGUAUCUUUUUGUUGGGCCUCUGAUGCUCUUUGUAUCCAUCAUCUGCUGGUUGCUUGUUUUCUGGAUUCCAAUGGGACGUGUGACUCUCAUCCUCUUCGACCAUCUUCGUCGUCACCCACUGGCCUUGUCCUUCCAUUCUGACACAGCAUAUACUCGACUCAGUCCUGGAUCCUCGUCGUCGAUCCUCUUAUGCACAUACCGUGCGGCUGGAACCAGAUACUGGAAGUACACAGUUGAUGGGACCAAUAUCUUUCUAAUUAACCUUCUCGGAGUUGUUCUCUUCGUCAUCUUUGACUAUUUCCUUUUGGCCGAAACGUUGAAGAUUCAUACUUGGCUAACUCACCCGGGGUUCAUCUUCACUCUCGCCCUCGUCUCCAUUAUCCCUCUUGCUUAUUUCAUUGGACAGGCAGUCGCAUCGAUCUCUGCACAAUCAUCGAUGGGUAUGGGCGCCGCUGUCAAUGCUUUCUUCUCAACCGUGGUCGAGGUGUAUUUAUACUGUGUCGCCUUGACGGAAGGAAAAGCGCAGCUCGUUGAAGGCAGUAUUAUUGGCAGUAUUUUCGCCGGUAUCCUUUUUCUCCCCGGCUUAUCUAUGUGUUUCGGUGCCAUCAAGCGUAAGACGCAGCGCUUCAACGUCAAAUCUGCGGGGGUUACUUCGACUAUGUUAAUGUUCGCUGUUAUCGCUGCAUUUGGUCCCACGUUGUUCUACCAGAUCUAUGGCAGUCACGAGUUGAACUGCUACUCAUGCGCCGAGCAAACGGACUCGGGCAUCAAAGACUGUCGUCGUUGUUAUUUUGCACAAGCUCCCGCCGUAAACGACCACUUCUUUCGGAAAGUCGUCCUACCGUACUCGUGGUUCGCGGCAUUGUUUCUGUUUCUGUCAUAUGUAAUCGGGUUGUGGUUUACGCUCAGAACCCAUGCCGCUCUAAUCUGGGCCACCGAAGCUGAGGAAAAGAAGACAGCGACCGUCACCCCGGAGCAUUUGGCCUACGAACCAAGACACCUGUUAUUCCCUCAUGGGCCGUCAGGCGCCCCUCGAGAUUGCAACGGUUAUAAAGGCUCCAUUCGAGACUCACAGCUAUAUAAACGGAUCCUGGGACAGUCUCUAAAGCACGUCGGUUUGUCAGAGAAUGCCCACGAGCACGCUCCAGACCAGCCAGAAUCAAGCUCAGCCAGCAACAAAGGGACGACGCCCCAUCUCGUCCCUCCAAGAGCGGAGGCUGGUGACGGCUACUCGAGCUUCAAAGGACUUCGAGGAUAUUCUGGGGAAGAUAGUGAAUAUCUAGUGCGCCAGGUAACUGAAGUGGCAGCAACGGCAGCAGCUGUUGCUGCUCGUGACGCCGCGCGCGCCCGGAAACCAUCAGUUCAGCAUGGUAGUGCACGCCAAGGCAAUAAGACUCCGGUAGAUCUCUCUAGAUCUAUGGUAGAAGACGAUGUUGGGCUUGAGCAUACACAGACUGGCGGUGGUCACGAUGCGCCCAAUUGGAGCAAGGGCAAGAGUUCCAUCAUUCUCCUGGGAGCUACAAUAUUUUACGCAAUUAUAGCCGAGAUUCUGGUGAAUACGGUGGAUGUCGUUCUUGAGAGCGUUGACAUUGACGAGAAAUUUUUGGGAAUCACUCUAUUUGCAUUGGUCCCCAACACUACCGAAUUCCUGAACGCCAUUUCCUUUGCGAUGAACGGUAAUAUCGCGCUGUCCAUGGAGAUCGGUUCGGCCUACGCGUUGCAGGUUUGUCUGCUACAGAUUCCAGCUGUUGUCUUGUUCAGUGCCUUCUACAGUCGCAUGCUCGAGCCCUCGGAGCUAUUGAGCCAUUCAUUCAAUCUCAUCUUCCCGCAAUGGGAUAUGAUCACGGUCAUCCUCUGCGUUUUCCUUCUAUCUUACGUGCAUGGAGAAGGGAAGAGCAACUAUUUCAAGGGCUGUAUUCUGGUCCUCACAUAUCUGGUGGUCGUGAUUGGUUUCUACCUAUCUGGCUACAGCAAUGUCGACACCAUGGGUAUUGAUCGCUUUGAUACACUUGCUCUUGGUCCUAUGAAAUCUGAGAGCUUUCGCACAAUCGGUCAUUCGACAAAUGGCAGGGCUUUUUAA